CAAAUGCAAGUUUUAACUGGUAUAGACCGCCUUAUAUGGGAAACCUAAGUAAGUUACGCUGAUGUGAAGGAUUUCAAAACGUUAAUUAAUAGUUUGUAAUUUUUUUUACAAUUUUAUAAAUAGUUCAUGAAGCAGCUAUUAUUUAUUCACAUCAGUUUUGUUAUUAAUAUUGUGUUUUGCUGUUAAAAAGUUUGCUAUUGCGAGUAAAAUGAAUAUAUUUCAAUCAUUUGUAUGUAAAUCCAACAUUGGAUUACCAUUGAUGUUGAUCGCAAUGAUUUUAGGAUUCCCAUUAAGUCAAUCUGCACCAUUGGAAGAGGCCAAGUUGUUGCGACAAAUUGCUGAACAAUACAGUUCUCCAUUGGUUGUGUCAUUCCUACAUUCAAGGAUCCAGAAAAAUGAAGAAAUGAUCUCAAAAAUUAAAAGCUCUCUUAAAGAUUUGGAUCAAUUGAAAGUUGAUGUCUUCGAUUUGGCUGAAAAGACGCUUGAGUUAUUGGAUGAACAGUUGACCGCUCUGGAAAAGGCUGAUUACUUUGUGUUUAAUGGAACUGAAAAAGUAAAGUAUUUCAUUGAACAAUUCAUCAUGCAAAAUGAAAUGUAUCCAGUUGAGUUUGGUUCCUAUGGAGCAGUUAAAGUCGCUGUUACUCCUGAUGCUCUUUUGGAAGAAUUGCCAGAAAAGACGAGCUUUGAUCUGAUCAUUGAGACAAAUAGAUUGAUAAAAACAUACUUGACCGAUAUCGAUAAAAAAGAGCAAAGCUGUGAUAGCAAUCGAAUGCAAAAACUGGCUGCUUUCCUCGCUAGACGAGAGCUAAAAUUGUUGAAUAAUUAUGAGUAUCCACAAGGCAAGCACUCUAAUCUCAAUGAUGUUAAUGGUCCUCGUAAAGUUGCAGUUGCUAAAGUGUUAAGAAAAGUAAAGACAAUUGUUGACUUCUUUUACGCACAAUUCAGCUAUCUGUCUGAUCCAAAGUCAAGCAACGAAGUGAGUGAAAAUUCAACGGAAAAAGACAAAAAAACAGUAACACAGAGCACUACAACUGAAGAGUCUGACGUAAUAAUCGUUAAUGACCUAAUCAAUUUUAGAAGCUUGAGUCCAAGAAGUGGUAGAGGUGGGCGAACACAUUCAUUCCGUCAAUUUUAAUCGAUUGCUAAUCAGACGAUAUCCAGCUUUAGUUACAAACUUCAUUUGCAUUUUGUAGUGAAGUCGAUCUGUUAUAUUUACACACCUGUAAACUUUCGUCAGGUUUUGUCAUAAUUUUUCAUAACAUUGCCCAAUGAUGUCUCUGUUACCGAAAUCUUUGCUCAAAUCGUUUACGCGAUAAGUAAAUAAUAAAAGCAUUUCUUUUCAAUA